GUGCAGUGUUAUGGUACAAUCUCAUUUUAUUGGGUCCACAAUGCUCCUUGUGACAAGAUAAUCUUGUCUCAGAUGUCUGUAAAACACGGCCAGGGUCAAACGAGGAUUAAGUCUAAAUCCACUUUUUUUUUUUCUUCUUUUUAAUCAGCAAUGAUAUAAGAAUGGCGUGGAAAAAAAUCAGAUUCGAAAAUCAACAAGUAUCCCGGAAGUAACAAAUAUGCCUUGAUUGAUGUCAUUCUUCGAGGUGAUUUUUUUUUUUUUCGUGACUAUUGUUUGUGCUCAUUGGCUUCUGUUCUUCUCCAGUGUUUUUCUUAAAGGCCCAAGUAUUGCCUGCAUGUUGGACGCCUGAUCUGUGGGAGUCAUCAGACUCUGGCCUCCCACCCAAAAACCUCAAAUGAGGGAUUAUUGUUGCCAUGGGAACAAGUACAGCAUUGUAUCAAACAACAUAGAAGAGUGUGGAAAGAUCUGCAUCUUGGAUCUCAAGAACAAUCACACUUCCUCCGACGUCCACUCACACUCGGCCUGUGACAAGAAAAUAGACAGCGGGAGGAGGAGGCGGCGUUCGGAAGCCUCCGCUGCUGUCCCCCGUGCACGGGGACCACCAGGGAUGAACAACUACAACGGGAAGGUUCUGACAAGAGGCUCCGGCCAAGCACGGAGCCGCUUUGUAAAAAAAACCGGACAAUGUAAUGUUGUCUUCACGAACAUGGAGGAAAAGCGGCAGCGUUACCUAGCGGAUAUUUUCACCACCUGUGUGGACAUCCGCUGGAGAUACCUGAUGUUUAUAUUCUGCACCAGUUUUUUGAUCUCCUGGCUUUUCUUCGGCAUCAUUUUUUACAGCGUCUCCUUCUCCCACGGGGACUUUGAGGAGCAUCUUAUGGUGAAAGGGGAGGGGCUAGAGGUGAGUGGGUCGUAUAGUACGCCCAAUUCUGGACAAACUACAGCAGGUCAGACAAGAAGAAUGCCUUGCAUCCUUCAUGUCCAGGGAUUUGUCGGCGCUCUUUUGUUUUCCAUGGAAACGCAGACCACCAUCGGCUACGGUUGGCGCUGCGUCACCGAGGAAUGUCCCUUGGCUGUCAUAACAGUCGUCGUUCAAUCCAUCCUGGGUUGCAUCAUUGACUCCUUCAUGAUUGGCACCAUCAUGGCGAAAAUGGCACGGCCAAAGAAAAGAAACCAAACGCUUGUGUUCUCCAAAAAUGCUGUCAUUGCUCUUCGUGAUGGUAAGCUGUGCCUCAUGUGGAGAGUGGGGAACCUACGGAAGAGCCACAUCGUGGAAGCUCACGUCCGGGCGCAGCUUAUUCGUUCCUACGUUACGACGGAAGGAGAAUUCAUCCCGAUGGAGCAGAUGGACCUCAACGUGGGUUACGAUGAAGGCACGGACAGGUUGUUUCUGGUGUCCCCGCUGGUUAUCGUCCACGAGAUAGACAAAGACAGUCCCUUGUAUACGAUCAGCCGAGUCAAUCUGGAGACUGAUGAUUUUGAGAUUGUCGUGAUCUUGGAAGGAAUGGUGGAAGCCACAGCCAUGACCACCCAGUUUCGUAGUUCUUACCUAUCCAAGGAGAUCUUCUGGGGCCACAGGUUCGAGCCUGUCAUUUAUGAAGACCGCAACUGCUACAAGGUCGAUUACGCACGCUUCGACUCCACGUACGAGGUGUCGUCGACACCCAACUUCAGCGCCAAAGAGCUGGACGAGACCGCGAGUCGGAAUGUUUCUCCUAUCUCGGCGUGUAUGUCUUCAAAAAGUUUGAUCCCUUGUUCGGUCAGUACCUUCUGCUAUGAGAACGAGGUAGCGCUGAGCUGCGGGGAAGAAGAAGAAGACAUCUUUGACUCCUGUCAGAUUGGAGGGAAAGAAAGAGUAGAGGAGAGAAGGACUUCUGUGGACUUCCAGAAUAUUUUUAAAGACACAAGCACCGUGACAUCUGGCAGUCACAAUCUCAUGUGUGUUCUGGACAUGGACAAUAAUCAGAUGGAGUUUGACAUCCUCCAGAAAACCAUUCCACUCGAUCCAGUCACCUAUAAGAACGAGCCAGACAUUUGAAGAUGCGCAUUGAACUCAUUCACUGCCAACCCAGGUAAUAUCUUUGACGUCUAUAAUCGUCAAUGGUACUGAAUGAGUUAUACUGUUUAGCAGUUUAGCGAAAUCGUGUACUCAAAUAUAUACACCAAAACAGACUCCUGUGGUCACACUUUGGAAUGAUGUCAGCCAUGAUGUAAAGUCAUUGUAACAAAAGGGAUGAAGUCAAGUUAAUAUGUACAAUGUAAUGUUUCUUCAAGAAGUAUUUUGUUGUUGUUGCUGUAACACGUUCCUGCUUUGUACAUGUUCCAAUCGCACAUAAAAUAAGAUUACUAAGAAAACAAAGCACUUUAAAAAAAAAUGAUGUUUCCAUUUCAUGUCAUGUCGUAAAUAAAUCUUUCAAUUGUC